AUGGACGAAAAAAAUCAUGAGUAUGAACGGUUAAAGGGACUGUUCGACUCUUUUAUGCCAUAUAUGUUUGUCAAUGGAAGGUUGAAAACAUUUAAUAAAAAAUGGCCAUAUGAAAGCGAAAAUUUGACUCCACAGAAAAUGGCUGAAGCAGGUUUUAUAUAUUCUCCAGAUCCACUUGAUAAUGGUUGUGUCAAGUGUGCAUUCUGUUUAAAAGAAUUAAACAGCUGGGAGGAUGAAGAUGAUCCAAUAAAAGAACAUCGUCGAUAUAAAGACCGCUGUUACUUUGCUCGUUUAAACAAGCCUGAAGAUCAGUAUACACUACGAGACGUAUUAUUACUUGCUGUAAACACUCGUGCGGCCCUCUUGGUACGAUGGUUAACAAUUUGUGGGCAUUAG